AACACGUUUUUUCAUUUUUUUUUCCCAAACUUGCAUAAAGAGAAAAUCCUCUCCUCUGUUCCCUUUUCCAGCGACGUUUUAAUCGUUUUUUCUUUCAGGUAGAUAUUUGGUUGAUUCCAGCGUUUUAUAAGCGCUAGAGGUUUUGAGAUCGAGUUAUCGUGGCUUUAUAUAACAUGGAGAGAGAUUUUCUUGGGCUUGGUUCGAAAAAUUCUCCGAUCACUGUGAAGGAGGAAACAAGCGAAAGCUCCAGAGAUUCAGCUCCGAACAGAGGAAUGAAUUGGUCAUUCUCAAAGAAAGGCUCUGCUGCUUCUUCUCAGUUUCUAUCUUUCAGGGCAUCUCAAGAUGACAGACAUAGAAAGCCUGGAAACUAUCAUCAUCUCCCACACUCUGGUUCCUUCAUGCCAUCAUCAGCAGCAGCAGAUGUAUAUGAUUCUAACCGGAACACUCCUUACAGUUCUGUACAGGGAGCCAGGAUGUUCCCUAAUUGUAAUCAACAGCAAGAAUCUAUCUCAGUUUCCAUGGCCAGGCCGGGUCUCCAGUCUCAUUAUGCACCAGGAGGAAAAAGCUUCAUGAGCAAUGGGAUAAACUCACAACCUUAUGCAGGAGUCCCUAUCAUGGCACCUCCAAUCUCAGUCCUUCCUGCUCCAGGUUCCAUUGUAGGGACAACUGAUAUUAGAUCUUCUUCCAAGCCAAUAGGAUCACCAGCUCAGUUGACCAUCUUUUAUGCCGGUUCAGUUUGUGUUUAUGAUGACAUAUCUCCUGACAAGGCCAAGGCGAUAAUGUUGCUAGCUGGGAACGGUUCCUCUAUGCCUCAAGCCUUCUCACCACCUCAAACGCAUCAUCAACAAGUCGUCCAUCAUGCUCGUGCCUCUGUUGAUUCUUCAGCUAUGCCUCCUAGCUUCAUGCCUACAGUCUCUUAUCUUAGCCCUGAAGCUGGAAGUAGCACAACUGUACUCGGAGCAAGAGGCUUUACAUCAGCAACAUACCACAACAAUCAAACUAAUGCUUCUACUGUAAAGCCUCAAACAGUGGCUUUGCCUCAGGCUCGCAAAGCAUCUCUGGCUAGGUUCUUAGAGAAACGCAAAGAAAGGGUCACAAGUGUAUCGCCGUAUUGCUUGGACAAGAAGUCAUCAACAGAUUGUCGUACACCAAUAUCUGAAUGCAUAAGUUCGUCAUUCAGCUCUGCAACCUAAAAUCUCAUUUUGCAGUAGUACUGCUUCAGACCCACUCCAGAGCGCAUAUUUGCAUCUCAAUGGUGAUUUUUUUUUUUUCAGUUUCCAGUUUUUUUUUUCUGUUACAGAAUUUUCCUUUUCUCUGGUUGCACUUGAGAAUUUUCUUAGCUUAUACAAUAUAGUGUAACUUUUUCUCUGUACGCUACAGUGAGUUUCUUCUUUAGCUUAUACACUUGGAUUAUUUGAUUUCGGUCGAAUGGAACUCAAAACUUUUUUGUAAAAAAAAACAUGUAUAUUCAAUUUAUCAAAGGGAUGCAGAGAGAUUCUUCUCUAACUGUGCUCA